AUGUCGCGGCGAUUUGGUAGCCCGACACCGUACGACGACGUUGAGGGACGGCGACGAAAACAGAAGCGCUACAUGUCUCGCUCAGACGAAGAGAUCAGCGAAGAGAUGGACACCGGCGGCUUGAGCUAUCGCGCUGGCUGGCCCACGCUUCAACCUCUGCCUCUGGAUACUGUGUCAGAAGGUACAAGGACACAUAUUCCGGAUGCGCCAGAACGACUUGAAGAAGUUAAGUCGAUUCUCGCAACCCAAGACCUGUUGUUCACUACGGGUAUCAGUUACAACUUCACAUACCGCAUCCCUCGUGAUGCUGGUGAAGAAGAUGACAUGUCCCAGUAUCUAACACUUCUGUUUACCGUGGAUAUGAGUAAUCAUCGUCACAAAGUCGAGAACACGAUCAUGCGGAUUCGUACCCGAUUCCGCGAUCACGAAUCUACAGCGGCCGUCCAUAUUGAAUGUCUCGAUUACCGCGCUCGCAACUCGCUAACCUCUUUCGCCAUUCGCCAUACAGAAGUAGACGUGCACAACCAAUGGGGUGCUACAUUGCCGAUUGUUCUGUCUUCGUUGGGAAAGCAUGAAUGGCUUACUGUGGAACUGCUACGUCGUGGUUUGAUGGAUCAAGAUUCCAAAGACUGUCAGCCUACCAUCGUCAUCACCACACCUACCGCACGCGACUCCAAAUGGUCUAAGACUGUAGUGCCUUCGAUACUCGCCGGCAUCAGCGACACAGCCCCGGGAUUCGCCAUCGAGAUACUGUUUGGCGUAACGAUUCUUUUGGGGAGGAAGCAGUACCCUGCCAGCGCUGUGGUGGAUAGUACAUCCUACGUUAAAAACUUACGCAUGGGAUUCUCCCUCGGAUUAUCAAACGACAACCGCGGGUGUAUUGUGUCAAGAACUUCCAACGGGGCUCUGGGAGUCGGAAACAAGACACUAGACGCUGCACCGCAACAGAUGCUCUCGCCAGCGACACUGGAUCACCAUGGUCACCUGGGCACGCUCCAAAAAGUGCUCAAGGAAUUGUCUGCUCAAGCUGCUGACGGAGUGGAGGAAGCCAGAACCAAGUUCAAAGAGAUGGACGAAGAAUACAAGAAGUGUGACAAGUUUGCACGCGGCAUCGGCCACGUUUAUGCAGGCUCAGGUCGUCGGACUGUCACGGCCAACAAAUACGCCACCGAUGAGGAUACCGGAAAGUCUAAAGAGAAAAAGAAGACCAUGCAGGCUACAUACCCCUUCCCACUCGACUGGGCGUUGAUUCGCUUGGACAGGGUCCAUGAGCGCGACGUGAUCAACCACCUGCCAGAUGUCAAGCUGCCAAGGAACGUCACCUCCAACCUCGUUUCAGGAAAGCGUUGCCACCAAUGGACAACCUUCAACGUCAGCAAGGAAGACGUGCGAGUAGCGAAAUAUGGGCGCACGAGUGGCUGGACGCUCGGCAGCAUCAAUGCUUGUUUGAUUGCCAUAAAUCCUAAAUCGGACGCAGAGAUCGCCGGUGUCUAUGGCUUCAGUAUGGAGACUGUGGGUGCGUGUUUCGGAGUAGCCAACAGCCGUGGAGCAGAAGCUUUCCUUGAGUCCGGUGACCCCGGGAGCAUCCUUGUGCAUGACGGAUCAGGCACUCAACUCGGACUCCUGUUCGGAGUGACCAGCGGCGGACAAGGAAUGGCCAUGCCACUUGACCUCGUUUUCCAGGACAUCAAGAAGAUUACUGGAAAAGCUGUCACUGACCCACCUUAUGUCGCACCAAAGCUCGUGGGCCUUGCUAAGUACGAGUUGGCGGAAUAG